GUUAUCCUGUAAGACAAACUUCUGGGUUUAACAACCCAAGACGUGUGUUGUCUCCUGCUCAAUGCGUCAUGCUAUCUUAUUCUGUUUGCUACAUUUUAUAUUUCCUGUAGUUGAGUAAACUUCUCAACUCUUAAAAAAAAUGUCAAACAUUGUCUAUUUGUCUUUACCCCACUGGGAUGGAGGCUUCAAAAAGAUUCGUUUUAUUUACUUGGUCAAUGAUUCGUCUUUUGCUCUGACAGAGUGUCCACGAAAGGGUGCGGCGGCGGUGCCGCUCUUUUUAGGAGCCGAUCUCUUCUCCAACUCCGAUAUCCGGCCCGAGAAUCAUCCCCGCUGUCACGCCAAAUAUGCCAGGAAGGGCCUCGCCACCAAAAUAAAUUUUUCUUCCGCCUUUAGGUUCCGUGGCUUGAAGGUGCCCACGUCCAACAACAGCCUUUGGUUCUACAGCAUUCACGGGCUUUUUCGAGUGGCUUUUGAAACGUACACCAAGCAGGAGCAGCUUGCCGUGGUGGAGAACUUCCAGGACCUGUGGAAGUCUCAAAUAAACGACAGCCCGCUGAAGACGAGCUACAGCCUCAGCAUGCAGCUGGACGCUGAUCCCUCCGACACCAGGAUGGACGGUCUGGAUCUGGAGGCCAACACAGCAAACAUCUCAAAAGAACACGACCACUGCUACUUUUCACAGCAAAGGCGUCCGCUUGUGUUGACGCUCAAGAGUAAACUUCAGCGCUUGGAUGCUAAACUUUCCUCCGAGGCUGAGAGCUUCAACGAGCAGCAGUUGGAAACAAUCCUGCUUUUUUUGGAUCACACGGAGCGAUGCCUCGGCGGGACGUUGGAGGAACAAGAUGUGGCGGAUUCGGUGCUGGCGCUGCUCAAGUCCAAAGAAUGGAGCUGCGUUUAUUCCAGCCCGCUGCUGGACGCCGUCGCCAGGUGGCUGGGCGGCCAGUUCAGCUCGGCCAACGGGAGCGUGAGCCGCGGCGUGGAGGGCUUCAAGGAGCGGCACAUCGAGAGGAUCAGCGAGCUGCCGCCGGCCGAGGAGGUGGCCGCCGAGCUUUUCCCAGAGGCCAUGAGGACGCUGCUGCUCCACUGGAUGGGACUGAGCCAAGAGGCGGACGCGGCCAAGCGACGCAGCGAGUAUCCCAUCCUGCUUCUCAUCCUGGAGUUCGCCAACCACAACCUCAUCACCGGCGUGGCUCACGUCCUCUACUCCACGCUCAUAUGCAAAUAAAUGUCCUAGUUAUUUAGUCAAAGAUACUUUUGUUUAACGUUUUGGAAUCGAAUGAUUUUGCAUCUUCUUUCACACAGCAAAAACUGAAAUUGAAGUAAGAUAAAAUAUCUCAAAUAAGAAUAUUUGCUUAUUUUCUGUCUGAUAAGAUAAUUCUUCUCACUUUUGUGUUAAGAGUCUUUUACUCGUUUUAAAGGUUUUGGUCCUAAAUCAUCUCAGUAAGAUAUUACAGCUUGUUGUUGAGCUUUGAUGACCUAUAUUGAGUAAAGCAUGCUUGAAACUAGAAUAUCAACUGUUGCAAAGCUGUGUCAUCAACACUCACAAAUACAAACCCCGUUUCCAUAUGAGUGGGGAAAUUGUGUUAGAUGUAAAUAUAAACGGAAUACAAUGAUUUAAAAAUCAUUUUCAACCCAUAUUCAGUUGAAUAUGCUACAAAGACAACAUAUUUGAUGUUAAAACUGAUAAACAUUUUUUUUUGUGCAAAUCAUUAACUGUAGAAUUUGAUGCCAGCAACACGUGACAAAAGAAGUUGGGAAAGGUGGCAAUAAAUACUGAUAAAGUUGAGGAAUGCUCAUCAAACACUUAUUUGGAACAUCCCACAGGUGUGCAGGCUAAUUGGGAACAGGUGGGUGCCAUGAUUGGGUAUAAAGGCAGCUUCCAUGAAAUGCUAAGUAAUUCACAAACAACGAUGGGACGGGGGUCACCAAUUUGUAAGCAAAUUGUGGAACAGUUUUAGAACAACAUUUCUCAACGAGCUAUUGCAAGGAAUUUAGGGAUUUUACCAUCUACGUUAGGUAAAAUCCUCAAAAGGUUCAGAGAAUCUGGAGAAAUCGCAGCACGUAAGCAAUGAUAUUACGGACCUUUGAUCCCUCAGGCGGUACUGCAUCAAAAACUGACAGUGUGUAAAGGAUAUCACCACAUGGGCUCAGGAACACUUCAUAAAACCACUGUCAGUAACUACAGUUGGUCGCUACACCUGUAAGUGCAAGUUAAAACUCUACUAUGCAAAGUGAAAGCCAUUUUUCAAAAACACCCAGGAACGCCGCAGGCUUCGCUGGGCCCGAGCUCAUCUAAGAUGGACUGAUGCAAAGUGGAAAAGUGUUCUGUGGUCUGACGAGUCUACAUUUCAAAUUAUAUUUAGAAACUGUGGACGCGAUGUCCUCCGGAACAAAGAGGAAAAUAACCAUCCAGAUUGUUAUAGGCGCAAAGUUCAAAAGCCAGCAUCUGUGAUGGUAUGGAGGUGUAUUACUGCCCAAGGCAUGGGUAACUUACACAUCUGUGAAGGCACAAUUAAUGCUGAAUGGUCCAUACAGGUUUUGGAACAACAUAAGUUGUCAUCCAAGCAACGUUAUCAUGGACGCCCCUGCUUAUAUCAGCAAAACAAGGCCAAGCCAUGUGUUACAACAGCGUGGCUUCAUAAAAAAAGAGUGCAGGUACUCUACUGGCCCGCCUGCAGUCCAGACAUGUCUCCCAUCGAAAAUGCGUGGCGCAUUAUGAAGCGUAAAAUACGACAGCGGAGACGCCGGACUGUUGAAUGACUGAAGCUCUACAUAAAACAAGGAUGGGAAAGAAUUCCACUUUCAAAGCUUCAACAAUUAGAUUCCUUAGUUCCCAAACGUUUGAGUGUUGUUAAAAAAAAAAAGGUGAUGUAACACAGUGGUGAACAUGCCCUUUCCCAACUACUUUGGCACGUGUUGCAGCCAUGAAAUUCUAAGAUAAUUAUUUGCAAAAAAAUAAAAAGUUUAUGAGUUUGAACAUCAAAUAUCUUGUCUUUGUAGUGCAUUCAAUUGAAUAUGGGUUGAAAAGGAUUUGCAAAUCAUUGUAUUCCGUUUAUAUUUACAUCUAACACAAUUUCCCAACUCAAAUCGAAACGGGGUUUGUAUAAAACUACUUUUUUAAAGUAAUAAUUUCUUCAAGCAUGAAAAAAAAAAUCAUGAUGCUGAGCGCAUAUUGGUAUGUCAAGAUAACAGCACUAGCAUUUACUUCAUUUAAGAAUAUUUUUAUACAUAUUGAGCAAAAAGGUCUAAUUUUUUUUUCUACCAAGAAAAGUAGUCAGGGUUCAAUCCCGGGUUCGGGAUCUUUUUGUGUGGAGUUUGCAUGUCCUCCCCGUGAAUGCGUGGGUUCCCUCCGGGUACUCCGGCUUCCUCCCACUUCCAAAGACAUGCACCUGGGGAUAGGUUGAUUGGCAACACUAAAUGGUCCCUAGUGUGCGAAUGUGAGUGUAAAUGUUGUCUUUCUGUGUUGGCCCUGCGAUGAGGUGUAUCCCGCCUUCCUCCGCCCGAUUGUAGCUUAAAUAGGCACCAGCGCCCCCUGUGACUCCAAAGGGAAUAAGCGGUAGUAAAUGGAUGGAUGGAAGGAAAUAAAAUACCCUUCAUUUUUGUAAUUUUUUUUUCUUGUUUUUGAACACUGACUUUUUACAGUACAACUAUAAGACAAGAUGAGGACCACUGCUAUAUUUGUCACAUUUUGUUCAAAUAUCAUGCGGUCUAAAACCAAUAUAUACACUAUAUACAGUACAGGCCAAAUGUUUGGACGCACCUUCUCAUUCAAUACGUUUUCUUUAUUUUCAUGACUUAACAUUGUAGAUUGUCACUGAAGACGUCACAACACAUGUGGAGUUAUGUACUUAACAAAAAAGGUGAAACAACUGAAAACAUGUUUUCUGUUCUAGUUUCUUCAAAAUAGCCACCCUUUGCUAUGAUUACUGCUUUGCAUUAUCUCAGAUUAAAGCAUACCCAUCCAUCCAUCGAUUAUCUACCGCUUUGUUGCUUUCGGGGUGGCGCUGGAGCCUAUCUCAGCUGCAUUUUGAGCGGAAGGCAGUGUAAACCCUGGACAAGUCGUCACCUCAUCGCAGGGCGAUUCAAGCACACCUGUACAGUGAAAACCAUUUUAGGGGACUACCUCUUGAAGCUGAUCGAGAGAAUGCCAAAAGUAUGCGGAAAAGUAAUGAGCAAAGGGUGGCUAUUUUGAAGAAAUUAAAAUGUCAUUCCACCCAUCCAUCUUCUUCCGCUUAUCCAAGGUCGGUCGUGGGGUCAGCAGCCUAUGUAGGGAAGCCCAGACUUCCCGCUCCCCAGCCACUUGGUCCAGCUCCUCCCGGAGGAUCCCGAGGCGUUCCCAGGCCAGCCGGGAGACUUAGUCUUCCCAAUGUGCCCUGGGUCUUCCCCGUGGCCUCCUACCGGUCGGAUGUGCCCUAAACACUUACACUUCCCUCGGGAGGCGUUCGGGUGGCAUCCUGACCAGAUGCCCGAACUACCUCAUCUGGCUCCUCUCCAUGUGGAGCAGCGGCUUUAGUUUGAGCUCUCCCCAGAUGGCAGAGCUUCUCACCCUAUCUCUAAGGGAGAGCCCCGCCACCCGCCGGAGGAAACUCAUUUCGGACGCUUAUACCCAUGAUCUUGUCCUUUCAGUCAUGACUCAAACCUCAUGACCAUAGGUGAGGAUGGGAACGUAGAUCCACCGGUAAAUUGAGAGCUUUGCCUUCCGGCUCAGCUCCUUCUUCACCACAACAGAUCGAUACAGCGUCCGCAUUACUGAAGACGCCGCACCAAUCCGCCUGUCGACCUGUUUUCUGUUAGGUCACCUUUUUUGUUAAAGUACAUAACUCCACAUGUCCAUUUAUAGUUUUGAUGCCUUCAGUGACAAUCUACAAUGUAAAAGUCAUGAAAAAAAAGAAAACGCAUUGAAUGAAGUGUGUCCAAACUUUUAUCCUGUACUGUAUAUUUAUAUAUCUUAUUAAUUUGUACCAUUUUAUAACCCCCUAAGGCCCCUAACCAUUAACAGAAAAAAGUGCUUCACAUAGUAGGAAAGUCUUCCAUAGCUGAUAGUGCCAUGAUGUCAACAUAAUAAUGUAAAAAUACAUUCAUCGAACAGAAAAUGGCAACAAUCAAAUAUUCUAAAACAAACAUGUAUUAAUGACUAAAUUUAAAUACUACUUUUACUGUGCUAUAUUUAAAUUACUAGUAAUUGUCUAAACACAUUAUUUAGGGUUGAUCUGGUUCAAAUGUAUAUCCUUGUCCCUUUUUGGUGGUAUAAUAUACUUUUAAAGACGCCUAAAGACCAACAUUCACAAAAAUUGUAAUAAAGAAAACUUCUUGUUCUAAGACACUUAUGUCGAUUAACUCUAUUUCUGAUAAUGCAUGUGCUACAUAUAAAAAUAAAGGUCAGUAAAAAAAAAAAUGUUUAAGAUUUUUUCCCCACAAUGACUUUUCCAAAGCUACAACUUUAAUUAGUCAGAGAAAAAAAUAUAAUUCAAGAUUACUUUGACACUUAAUACAAAUUCAGAUGCUAAAUUUAUUUGUGAGUACCAUUAUACUUUUUUUCAAUUUUGUUUGGUAUUUCCAAAUCGUUCCUGAAAACAAGAAGUAAGGCUGAUCCUGUUUAGAACCCCCUCCUGUUAAAAUAAAUGCCAGAGCAAUUUUGCACAACCGGCCUUAAGACAAGCCAUCAUGUGGUGUCAUUCCCAAAUCCGAAUGGAAAUGCUGUAUGGAAUCUUUUUAGUACCCUUUUGCUAAUUGGUCGUAAACAUUGUUCAUGUUAAUGCAUGUCAUUUUCAGCCAAUCACAAGUUAGAAAAAAAAAAAAACUACCACAGUAAUCCACAAAAAUCAUAUUUUGUAAGUACCAUCAUCCAUUUUAAGGUGAUGCU